CCUCCGCCGAGACCAAGAAGAAACCGCAAUUGAUAAAGUCGAGAGCUUUGUCAACGAACCAAUUUUUUGAAAAUUUGGAGAAGCUACUCUGUAGCAUCUGUCGCAAAGAUGUCGGCGCAAAACAAGCAAGGCAAGAUGGCCGGCUACAUCAACUACCGGAUGCGCAUCACCCUGAACGAUGGCCGUCAGAUGACCGGUCAAAUGCUCGCAUUCGACAAGCACAUGAACCUCGUACUCGCCGACACGGAAGAAUUUCGUCGCAUCAAGCGCAAGCAGAACAAGCCGUCCGCCCCUGGCGCGUCAGCGGCCGCUGCCCAGCUCAUUGAGCAGGAAGAGAAGCGUACUCUGGGCCUGACAAUUGUCCGGGGUGCGCAUAUCGUGUCGCUCUCCGUUGAGUCGCCUCCUCCAGCCGAUCCCAGCGCGCGUCUCGGCAAGACAACAGGGGCCGGCAUCGCGUCGACGCUCACAGCUGGCCCCGGCGUUGCGCGGCCUGCUGGACGGGGUGCUGCUCCUCCCAUCUCGCUCGCCGGUCCUGCUGCUGGUGUUGGCGGUGCCCCUCCUCCUCCAUUUCCUGUCCCUGGCUUUCCCGGUGCCCCUGGGUUUCCUGGUCGUGGUGGUCCUGCGCCGCCUGGCUUUGGUGGUGCUGCUUUCCCGCCCCCUGGCUUCCCUGCCGCUCCCGGGUUUCCUCCGGGAUUUCCUCCAGGAGGGGCGCCGCCCACUGGCUUCAACCCGCCGCCACGAAGAUAAGGGUCUGUUUUGUAAGGUUACCGAAUACCCGGAUCGCGUUUCGCUGCAGCCCAUUGUGCUGCCAGCAAUCCUGCUGCAUAUGGCGGUGCCAUGAGUUAGGCUGGAGAUCCCACCAGAAUUAGGGAGAAAUGGUUAGGUUGGACGGCGUUCAGGAUUAUAAGAUCUGCGGUCAGGGAGGAUCAAGCUUGUGACCUAGCCAAGGGCAUGGUAGAGCGGGCAUUCUCAGCAUAGGGUGCUUCCAGCAUCCCCGUAGCCUUGGAGGAGCAGGAAUAGAAACUUGGCUGCUGGCUAUACAAAUCAACUGGGCCUUCCUCGCUCUCAUUUUGCGUAUUAUUGGCUUUGUCUCCUUGCUUUCCAAGCUCUUUCUCGCCAUGAACUUUGUAUGUUACUGGCAGCUUGGACUGCCGUCGUAUCGAUCGGAC